GUGUAUAAUCGGUCAAUUGCUUUUAUGAAAUAAUUUAAUAUGGAAGUCUAAGUGUCUAACCGUGCCAGUAUAAGUACUCAUGACUCUGAUAUGCAUGAAAAGAAAAUUCAAAAGGUUUGCAGGUCUUUCUUAGUUCUUGAGUCCUUUUCUCUUCCCAGGAACAUGAUGGAGAACAGCUCAAGUGAAGGUUCAGGCAUCAGCGAUUCUGAGAUUGAGGAGUACGUAGAGAAACCAUAUCAAAAGCUGAAAACCGGGACAUAUAAAGUGAAGAACUCAAAUGGUACACUUAGGUGUCCGUUCUGUGCCGGAAAGAAGAAGCAAGAGUUUGGAAUCAAGGACCUUUACCAACACGCCUCGGGUGUUGCCAAGGGUGCUUCCCAUCGAAGUGCUAAACAAAAGGCUACACAUCUUGCAUUGGAAAGAUAUCUUGUAGUUGAUAUGGGUUUUGUAUGUGAACUUACACAAUCAGCUGAUCCCGAACCACAAGUUAGUGACAAAAAGGAGGAUGUCUAUUGCUGGCCAUGGAUUGGUGUUGUUGUCAAUAUUGUGAGUGAUGUGAAGACUGGUAAACAAUUGACUGAUAGUGGGUUUUGGAUGAAGACUUUCUCCAAGUAUAAGCCUAUUCGAGUUGAGGUUUUUCAUGACGAACAAGAACAAGAACAAACUGCAAUGCAAGGUGUGGUUCACUUUGAGAAGGAAUGGGCUAGUUUUAAAAACGCAAUGGACUUUGAGAUGUCAUUUGAAUCUGGUCGUCAUAGCAAGAAGGAGUGGAUUGCUGAAAAGGGUAAUCUUGGUAGUGGCAUCUACGGUUGGCUUGCACGUGCAGAUGAUUAUCAUGCGGAGGGCAAGAUGGGAGAGUACCUUCGCAAGAACCGAGAACUCAAGACACUUUCAGAAGUUAUGGUAAAGGAAAAACAGGAGAAAGAAAAUAUGGUUGUUAUCUUGGCGAAUGAGAUUGAUAUAAAGAAUCAGCACUUGGAGGAAAUGCAAUCUAAGGUUAAUGAGAAAGCUAUGUCCUUGAGUCGGAUGCUGGAAGAGAAAAACAGGAUGCACCAGGCAUUUUAUGAAGAAACCCGUGAGAUACAGCGCAAUGCUCGGGAUCAUUUUCAAAAGAUAUUAGCAGAACAAGAAAAAAUGAACCGCGAAUUGGAUGAGUUAAAAAGCCAGGUUGAUUGGCGUACUAGAGAAUUAAGCAAACGUGAGGUCUUAACUGAGCGUGAGUUUCAGAAACUUGAGGAGGAGAAGCGGCAGAAUGAUGAAAGAAACAAUUCGCUGCAAAUGGCUACUGUGGAGCAGAAGAAAGCAGAUGAAAAUGUAUUGAGGCUUGUUGAAGAACAUAAGAGAGAGAAGGAAGAGUCCUUGAAGAAGAUUCUUCAGUUAGAAAAGGAGCUGGAUGCUAAGCAGAAGCUGCAAAUGGAGAUCGAGGAGUUAAGAGGAAAACUAGAAGUUAUGAAGCAUUUGGGAGAUGAUGAUGACGCCGCAGUACAGAUAAAGAUGAAGAAAAUGGCUGAAGAGUUGGAACAGAAGAUUGGCGAUUUGAACCAUCUAGAAGAUAUAAAUCAAGCUCUUAUGAUAAAACAAAGGCAGAGCAACGAUGAACUGCAGAAAGCUCGCAAAGUGUUAAUUGCAGGUCUAUCGGAAAUGUUGCAAAGCAACCGCACUAAUAUUGGAGUCAAAAGAAUGGGUGAAAUUGAUGGGAAGGCCUUUGUUGAAGAAUGUAAGAGAAGAUUCACAAUAGAUGAGGCCUUUAUGAAGGCAAGUGAGGGGUGCUCGUUGUGGCAAGAGAAUUUAAAAGAUUCAGCGUGGCAUCCUUUCGGUAUCCUUGAACAUGAUGGAAAGACUGAGGAAAUAAUCAAUGAGAAAGAUGAAAAAUUGAUGAAGCUCAAGGAGGAAUGGGGCGAGGAAGUGUACAAAACAGUUGUAAUAGCCUUGAAAGAGGUGAAUGAGUAUAAUCCAAGUGGGAGAUAUGUGGUCAACGAACUCUGGAACUACAAGGAAGGACGCAAGGCAACAGUUAAGGAAGUAGUGAAUUAUAUCUUUAAGAACCUGAAGACUUUGAAGCGCAAGAGGUGAAGUUGCGAUGGGAUGUGAAUGAUUUUUGGCAUGAUGUUUUUUUGCUUGACAAUUCUGAGAUGGAAACCAGAAGAUGAACACAAGGAUUAGGAGAUGAGUUUUUUGACUUUUGAUGUCUUUUGAAUGUAUAUAUACUCUUCUUCUCAGCUGGUUUUAUGGUUGUAUAUGACAGAUGGUUGAUUGGUAUUUUUUGGGGGCCUUGGUGGCUAGUAAUCUGGUAGAAUGGUAAUACAAUAUAACUUAGAAGUAUGUCGAAAUUCCGUAGUGGUUUUUUGGGAGGAGAUUGACAACAGCUCAUUUUGAAAGAGAAAGGAAUUUGUACGUGCAAAUCUGUAACUCUUUGAAUAGUAGGAGCUUCUGAAGUUGUGCACAGGAAGUUGGAAGACAGAGCAACAGUAUUUUUGUGUGGAUAUUGACAGCAUCAGAAUAUUUUGAACCAAAAGAUUUCCAGAAGAAACAGACUGAGUAAGAUCUGAAGAUGAAUUCUGGGGGAUGAGUAUAGGAACUGGAGUGAACGAGCUGAGGUUCAACACUAGCUCGUUUGGCGCCGCCUUUUUUGUGAUGUAACUGGUUGAUGGGUGGCUAGGUGGUUGGUUAUCGACACCUUGACACGGUGACGGUAUCAUUGUACCUCUAGUGUAGUAGUAUCAACUAUGAAGUUUACUCUUGUAACCGGUAUUGUUUAUCAAAUCAUUUGGUUAUGUUAUAUGUGAAGCACAAAAUGAUCUUUUUACCUUUUGGGGUCAAAUUGGGCUUACUCCGUUGACUAUAAUUGAAGUGUACAACCUCUUUUCAAGAAGCCAUGAAGCAUGUUGGACAUUGGUACUUA